UUAAGAAGCUCCGAAGAUGGUCGCCGAGCGAGAAAUCCUCCGUCGCCAUUGAUUCUUCCCCCCCUCCCCACACCUGCAUGCGCGAUGGACGGCGUCAGGGUCCGGCUGUCGUUCGAGGACCGCCGCCUCCUGAGCAAGCCGCACCGGAAAGAAGGGCUGAAGCGGAGCUGGGUCCUGCUGAAGCCGCACCACGAGACGAUCUCGGACCUCGCCGCCCACGUCGUUCACGCAUUCGGCCUCUGGGACUCCUGCCCCGACGGCGUCGUCCUGUCGAUGGAUGGUUAUGUUCUACCGCCCUUUGAGUCGACUUCUAUACUCAAGGACAAGGAUAUUGUCGGAGUGAAAAAGAAGCAGGGUACUUCAAGAGACACCGCUAAGCUGCGUGAUGUGGAGAACGCCUUGGAAGAAAUAGAGUUUGUGGAGAAGCAGCCCGUGCACACAGGUUUAAAGCUGAUCGCAAAUGAAGAGUUUGAGAAGGAGACUGGGGGUUAUGAAAGUGAAUCUGAAGAAGAUGCAUGUGGACAGUCACAUGGCAGUUUGAACGAGGAAGAUGCGUCCAAUAGUAAUGUUUCCAAGAAGAGAAAGGCAUCAAAAAAGCUCGUGGGCUCAAAAAGGAAGAAAAGUAAAUUGUCUGGUGUGGAGGAGUACCCAGAAGUCCCUGGAUGUGUCAUGGAUGAUACUCCUGUUGAGAAGGAAAGACUGCAAAAAGAUGGAGCCACCAUUGACGACAGCAAGUCCUCCUCUGGACAGGCUAAACCAGACAAAUCGAUAACCCCUGAAAAUGAUGUAACAAUUACUCCAGCUGCUAAGAGUCAACAACAGGAAAAUGAUCAGGGAAGUGAAGGUGCAACUGACACACCUUCUCAACCAAAGUUACCAAGUCGAAGUGCUCGCCGUAAAAAAGCAAAGCGAAGGUGGCUGAGGGAAAUGCGCCAAAUUGGAAAGAACGAGGUGGAAAAAGAUGAAUAUCGGCAGCUGCCUGAUAAAAAGCAAUCACUUGGAAAAAAAUAUCGGCAGCUACCUGAUAAAAAGCAAUCACUUGGAAAAAAAAAUCGGCAGCUACCUGAUAAGAAGGAUAGUGAGUUCUCUAAAGAACAUGAGCAACAGUGUCAAAGUCAGACCUUCGCCCAAAACCACCAGCCACUGGAUCAUGUCAAUGAAAAUAAUACAAAUGAGGACAUAGUUCCUAUUGUAAUUAGGCCUGGGCAUAUUCGCUUUGAGCCUCUGGAAAAAGAUGUAGAUCAGGAUGUCCAGAAAAGUCAAGUUUCGUUGUUGCAGACUUUUGAAUGGAAUGGGAUCACAAGCAAGAAGAAAGGACAAAAAUGGGGCAAAGAGAAAGCAGGAUCCUGGCAGUGGACCGAUAAUGAAAAUCUCAACCAAGAAUCUUCUCUUGUGACAAAUGUUGUAGCAGAGUUGCCUUUAACUGAUCUUGGGGACUUCGAUAAACUGCCACCUUAUGGGUUGUCACCUCAGGAAGGUGAUAUCGUGGCAUAUCGUGUAAUUGAGCUAUCAUCCUCCUGGUGCCCUGAACUCACUUCAUUCAGGGUCGGGAAAAUAUCAUCGUACCAUCAGCGAUCUAAUAAAAUCUUGCUAGUCCCUGUGGCAGAAUAUGCACUUGACUUGGAGAAUAUAGACAAGUCCCUGUAUAAAGAGGAUGGCUCCCUAGAGGUUGAUUUUUCAUCACUUAUUGAUGUCCGCAUUGUCAAGUUUGGCAAAUUGAAUUCAGCAGAACAAGGCAUUGGUGGUGGCAAAGUGGAUGUUGAUGCGGGAGAUCAAAAUGCCAAAUCAAGUGGUUCAACUGACAAUAUUGGUGAAACGACGCCUGGUCCCACGAAAGUAAAUGGAAGGGUAGAUGUGUGGGAAGAAAUCAGCGAGGCUUUGAGUGCAAAGAAGGCACAGUUGUCUCAGCAAGAUAAUUGGACGAUGAAACAAAGUUCAGGCAGAAGUUCCUGGUCGUACAAGGCCUUGAGAGGAAGUGCUUUAGGUCCGACGAUGGCCCUUUUGAGAGCUCAAAAUGGAGUGUAAACCAUCAAUUUUCACAAGUUAGUGAAAUUGCCGUAUGCGAUGUUAAGCUUUAGUGUGCCAUUGUGAGUCCAGUUUUGUGUGUGAGGGCUCGCUGAUCUAUAUCGGGGUGAUGUUAUUAUCAGUGCAAAAGAUUGACUAGUGCCAAGAAAAUUCUAUCUAUCUGCUUCGGAGCUGCGAUUAUGACCUUUUGUAAUUUAGUGGUAGCGAUGGACUUCUGUACAUAUGCAUGAUGCCGAAGCUGUGAACUGGCAAAUGUCUUCUUGACCUACUUUAGUUCAUGUUUGAUGUGUACUGGUAAUCAUCAUUUCCUAGUGUACUCUGGUUUUCUUUCUGUAGCACUUAUUUUUAAAGGACAAAUUUGACGCA